CAUUCAAUUUUCUUGAAAGAUUACUUCUUAAGAAGGUAACACUUAGUUAAUGAUUAGUUAAGAAGGUAUCUCAAAAAGUGAAAAGAAACUGUAUUAUGAUAAACUUCCAUAUUUCUUGGUUGGGGAUAAAAUUAUAAUAUUUUAUUCUGAAGAAUAUACCAGUGCUUGCAAGGCAGCUAAAUGCGUAUUGGUGGCGCAGGCAAAAACCUGCUAUAGGGACGUAUGAUUACGAUAGUGUGUUCCUCAUGAAUAUCUUCAACUCUUAUUUUCCAGUUCUGUCCGAAACCCUUCCUUUAUGGGGUUGGUUGACAUGCUAACACAAUUAAAUCUCCUCUUGUGAAAUGUGUGUGAGUUUGAGUGAGAAUUAAUUUCGUGAUCAUAGCUUCAGUCAGGGCGAAUGGUUUUGUAGAUGACACACCCAGUCUGUGACGGUCUUGCGCCAAAACAAAAGACAACAAAUCAUUACAUAUGCAUAGGGUACCAACAUGUUGUGUGCACUUGUAUUUAGAUGUUGAAAAUAAAUCCCUAACUAGAAUUUUGUAGAAUAUCAAUACAGUGCUGUCUUGCACUGUACGGUUUACGUAUGUGUAAACAAAGUACAUUUGAACUACAAUAGAUGGCACAACAAAGAAAUGUAUAUCCCAAUGUAAUACAUGUUUUUGUUUCUCCUCUUAUUAGAAAACGGCUGUCUAGUAGUAAAAAACACAGCCUGAAGAGCAUGAUGCUCACAGUUGCAAAAGAUUUACUGGAAGCAGAGGAUAUUGAAAAGAAGGAAGAAAGGAAGAAGUACAUGGAAGAACACUGUCCUACAUUGUCAACCCCAAGCUCCAAGGAGGAACUGAAGGAGCUUUGCAAUGAGUUAUCCUCAAAAAUUAAUGUUAUCGACGAGGAAAGAUAUAUACUAGAGUACAAAGCCAACAUGGUUGUCAGUGAGGUCAAAGACUUAAACAUUAAGAUCAUCGACCUGAAGGGCAAGUUCAAGAAACCUCCUUUGAAGAAAGUGCGCAUGUCCGCUGACGCUAUGCUUCAAGCUCUGCUCGGCUCCAAACACAAGGUGUCCAUGGACUUGAGAGCCAACCUGAAACAAGUGAAGAAGGAGGUCAAAGAGGAGGAUAAGGAACUGCGUGAUGUUGGUGACUGGCGUAAAAACAUUGAGGAUAAGGCUGGCAUGGGUGGCAGGAAGAAGAUGUUUGAAUCUGAAUCCUGAAGACCGUUGCUAUUGGCAACUGAUGAUAAGUGUUUUGCCAUCUACAGUACCAGUCAAAAGUUUGGACACACCUACUCAUUCUUUAGUAUUACUAUUUUUUUAUAUUUUAGAAUAAAUUGAAGUCAUAAAAACUUUGAAAUAACAAAUGGAAUUACGGGAUGUAUGCAGUGACCUAUAAAUCAAAAGUAUCAAUGAUUUGGCUAUAAUCUAUUACAUUUUAAGCUCUUCAAUGUAGCCACCCAUUGAGCUGUAUUUUCGUGACUGCUAGACGCGGUGCUAUGUGCAACAUCUGUGCGCUAAGUCUUAUCUAAUAUUCGUGAGCAUGCUAAUUUCAAGCGCAAUGUUCAUGCCAGUGCAAAACGCAAGUGGGCAUGGGUGGGAGUGUUUGUGCUAUCUGUGGAUGUAUUGUAUGUACUCUAAAUAAAAUGGCGGAAAGCAAUUUGCUAUUUUCCUAAGAAUUAAGUUAUUGUGCUAAAAUGUUUCAGAACCACGUACAAUCUCAAGGCAAAGUCUAAAUUCAGUUCCUGCAUUUGCAGUUUGAGGAUUCCACCAGCAGAUUAUAUCAAAGAGCAAUCGAACACUUUUAAAACUAGAUUUGAUUUGUUCGUCAGUAGAUCAAUAUAAUUAAUGAUAAUAAAACUUUUAUUUUGUUUAACGCCUUUCCAAAGCUCAAUGAUGCUCUAAAUAAUUAAACAUAAAACAUUAAACAGAGAAAGAUAUGACAAAUAUACAUUACAAAACAAUGAACAAUGGGAGAGAAACAAAGCAUGUUUCAAGCAUCCCGUAACACCGUCAAGAUCGCAGAUGAGGCCGAUACACAUCGCGGUCCGGAUUUAAGAGGAAACACAAACAUCAUCUGUAGUAUUUCACUUCUAAACCCCAUAGCAAUACAACAAUGGCAGGUAAAAAUGGCAGAGAGUUCACAGCAAGGAUGUAGUUAUUGUGCAAAAGAUCGUAAGACACACAGGCACCAUAUUUCUAUUCUUCUAAUGCAUUUUUACCACCAAAUUCUUACGAAUGGGCUGUCUACAUUAAUAUCAACUUUGCUUAACAGGGAAUGGAAUAUGUAAUAUGAUGCAGAUGGUGCAAUAACCAAAAACCUCAGAAUUAAAUUUCACUUAACCCAACCCAUUAGCGCUUUUCCUGUGCAAUUUCUCCAACCCAUUUAUAAAAAUAUCAUCAUUUCAAGGCCAUGCCUACUGAACUGCACAUAUGAUGCAUCACAUAGUGCUCUUAAAAUAAUGUCCCAUGUCUAGAUUUCAGCUCUGCACACUCUGUUCAUACUCUCAACCAACUUUAUGAGGCCCAUCCUGAGAUGAUUUUAAACAUUACUGAAGGAGUUGGACAUUUUUUAGCUGGACACGCAUUUCCUUCGCUCUAUGUUCCAAUUAAUCCAUAAUAUUUUUAAUUUUUUUAAAUCUUCAAUUGUAAUUCAUACAGUACAUACAAGCAAUUAUUUUAUAUUUGUCUACAAAACUAAUUUCAAACAUUUUAACAUAAGCCUGCAUUUAAAAGGUCUCUGAGAUCAAGUGUCCAAACUUUUGCCUGGUACAGUAGAUCCAAUUACAGUAUGUGAAAUAUUCUGAUUACAAAGUAAUUAGUUACUGUAAUCUUAAGUAAUACUUUAACAUAAGUCAUUCUAAGUACUCUUAGUUCAAAAAUUUAGUGUUAUACAUUAAUUCUUCUAUUAAGAUUACAGUUACUGACUUUCAAUUACUUUGAAGUGCAUUACUUGGGUUACACAUAUUUCUAAAAUACUACCAAAGUACAUUUAAAACAUGAAUUAUGUCCAUAUGUACAACUGUUUGUUUCUGUGACAGCUAAAGGCACAGCAAUAAUGAACAAGGAGGAAAUACAGACAUUGUUUUGAAUUUGUUGAGCAGAAAAUAAACUUUUCUCAAAAAAUUAAGACAGUAAUUUAAAAGUAAUUUGUAAUGUGAUGACUUUUUCCAUGAAGCAGUCAGUAAAGUACUUUGAUUGCAUGGAUUACUAUUUUUGAUUAACUUGGCAAACGCUGAUGGUGGGGACAGCUGUCAGUAGGUGACUCGCACAGACCCAACACUUACAGUGCAGUAUAUAUAUAUAUAUAUAUAUAUAUAUAUAUAUAUAUAUAUAUAUAUUACAGUAUAUAUUAAUAUACAAGUAUGAUGUAAGUAUUAUAAUAAUAUAUACUUAUUAUUUCAUUUACAUUUUUGUAGUUUUUUUUUAAAGAGUCAAGUAUUGAAAAUUAAGUGCAAAAUUGAGCAAAAUUAGCAGCAAAAAUAAAUAGCAUAUUGUGGAACAAUUCCUUCUGUUUCACACAUGACAAUAAAAGACUGAGCACAAGCUGGUCCUAUAUCUUAUAAUAAUUAUAAUGAGUUUCAAUAACCGUAUGUUUUCAUGUAUAAAAAAGCAUGUGUACAUAUAUAUUGACUUCAGUAAAAUUCCUAAGUGUUCUAAGAACACAGCAGAUCUAUCUUUUUUCCUAAAGUUUGUCGACUGCACACCAACAUAGAAGUAAAAAAACAGAUGAUAUUAAAAAUAGCUUUACAUAUUGAACACAGAUCUAGUAAUCUGCUUUAAUUGGCAAAAACAACCGAUAAAACUAUUACCUCACAAAAAUAAUAAACUUAAUGAAGUCUCAGGCACUCCACUUACAAUGUGUGCUUAAAAGGAGUGUCCUUUGCUUUUCUGCAGUGCAUUUCAUGUAAUGCUGCCGAUCAAGAACGAUAUGCCGAUAAAUAACACUAAUUUGUGUGUUCCUCAUGUCUAGAUUAUUAAUUUAGAUCAACAUCAAUGCAGAUAAAAAACAUGGAUAAAUGAGCACUGUUGCAAGCAACUUUGUAGAAAUGAACCGUGUCGCAUUGAUUAGACUUUCAGUCUGAUGGCCCAUUACGUAAGUGUUGUUUCGGCUCAUGGCUGUGAUUGCUCAAUCAGCACAAAGUAACAAAACGCAAAGAAUACUGUAUACGAUCCACCAUUUGGACUAGCUUGGAAAAGUGCGGGGGACACAAAUCACCUUUUUAAAGAGUGUGUGGAGACGUGGCUGCUACGCCCUUGCCGAUGACAACACUUCAAUGUCUAACUGAAGUAUUAUGUUCUCUAACCUUCCAAAAUGAAUGCUUCUGUUAUAGCUGUAUGAAGUUUUCAACUACCUUGUCAAAAUCAUGCCUUUUUCUAAAUAAAUAACC